AUGCACAAGUUGGAUACAACUAUUCUGGUUAUUUUGGUGCUACUCUUUCAAUUAACCUCUGGCUCACCUUCAACUGAAGAUGAGAUCAACUUGCUAAAAUGGCAUAACAACUUCAGGCAAUCUCUGAGCAACUGCAAAAUACGUGGACAACCACCUAGUGUAACUCCACUCCCUGAAUUGAAAUGGGACGAUGAAAUCGCAGGUUAUGCCAAGAAACUAGCUAAACGAUGCGUAUUCGAGCAUGAUUAUAAAAAACUUCCAAAGAAAACUUUCAAUUACAUUGGACAAAACAUUGCGGGAAACCCAUCUGUAGCAAGAGCUAUGACAGCGUGGACAAAUGAACACAAGGAUUACGAUUAUUGGAGACAAAGUUGCGCAACAGAUAAAGUUUGUGGACAUUAUACUCAGAUUGUUUGGAACCAUACCUCGUAUAUAGGGUGUGCAGUAAACGACUGCACGGGGAGUAAGACAUUCCCAUAUGGAUUAUAUGUUGUAUGCAAUUACGCAAUAGGUGGAAACAUUGGACGUGAGAAGCCAUAUGAAGCUAAGCGUGUUACUUGCCAAGGAGAUGGAAAGGAUCCUAGUGGUAUUACCCUUGAUCAGUUAAAAGCCAGACCACAAAGUGCUAAACAGCGAUCUUCAAAACAACCCAAUCAACCAAAAACCAAUGCUAAAAGACCUAAUGUCAAUAACAGACCGCAAAGCGACGCCAGGAUACCAACAAGUACAAACAAAAGACCUACCAAUGUUGUUAGCAGACCUGAUAAUGGUAAAAAGCAAACAAAUUACAACACUGGGUCAAUCAAUUAUAAUUCCCGACCAGGUAGUAUUGACUGGAACGACGUUUUAUCUAAAAUGAACAUUGAUAGUACCAAACUGAGAAACAACAACUACAAAACAGUAUAUUAUAAAACUGGACCAGGUGAUGCUAAGUGGGAGCAAUUUUUCCACAAACAGCAACAAGGUGGAAAUAGCAAACCGAUAAGUAACAAAAGUAACAAACAAACAAAAUACAUUACUAAUCCUGAUGGUUCAACUACCAAAGUACAUACCUGGGAAUACACCUAUCAAGUACCGUCGACAUACAGACGUACGAACAAAUUUUCCAAUGGAAAAUGA